CAGGUUUGCUUUCAAACUUCACAAAUUGACAAAGAGUGUGAAAGUCGACGUAUCUACAAAAAAAGAAGACAUGGACAGCAGACUGGUGUGUUUGGUUGUGUUUGUGAUCUCCUCUGCGGUGCCGUACACCAAGGCAAAUGGGGUCAUAACACCUUUAAAUUACAACUUCACCCACAGUGACUGUGGAACAACCAAAUUGUGUGUGGAAAAACCGACUUCAUGUAACCCUUCAGGCACCUCCGAGUGCUUCUUCGCCUCUACGAGAAUCAACCAGACAGAUAAGAGUCUGGCCAUUGAGCUCAGCGGUUCCUCCGACGGAUACAUCGCCCUUGCAGCCGGAUCCAGCACCAAUGUUUCUCAGGGGUCCAAUACUGUCUUUGUCUGUGGCAAUAACAAUGGCACGUUCUUCUUCAAAACCGCAACAUUCACAAACAAUAUACUGGUGACAACAAAUUCAACCAGUGUAAGCGACAUCCAGUACAGUCUGAAAAAUCAGAGUUUGAUUCAGUGUGCUUUCACCAUUCCCAUCACUUCGAACAACACUGAAGCUCUAAACAUCUUGGGCAUCAACGUCACGAUGUUCAACAUCAGCAACCCUGCUAACCCAAUAUCCCGUGUAUUCCUUGAGGUCUAUAAAGGUUCAUACAAUGGCACUGAUUUUGGAGAGCAUACGAGUGCUUUUGGCUCCUCUGUUUCUGUAAAUCUGGCUGAUGUUAAGUCUUCUGGAAUCACCACUAAGAUCCCCCCCACAGCUGCACCAACCAUAAAAGCAACCAUAAAACCUACUUCAAAUGGCAACCCUUUACUCUUAAGUCAUGCUGCUCUUGGUCUGCUGGCUGCAGUCGCUCUGCGUUUUGUCUGAAGGACUUGAGGAAAAGAUGUUGUAGUUGUGCAAUAAGUAUCUGUGAUGUAGAAUGUAUAUUUGAUGUUUAUCCUCUGGUAGGAAGAGUGGACGAUUCUUUCUGAAGUAUGUCAAACAGACGUUUAUCAAACAAGUUGUAAGUCCGCUCUGUUUUGGCAUUGGUCUGUAUGUAAAGCCAACUCUUUUAACUCAGGUGUUUUAAUAGUACUGGAUCUUUAUCAUUUAUUACUGGUGGAAAUGAUCAUGAAAACUCACUUUUAUAUUUUGCCCGGUGAUUUGAAGUAACAUUAAGGCUACACUGAUGACAAUAAAACGUGAAUAAUUUAACUAAUUUAAUUUAACAAAUGUAAUGAAUAUGAGAAUAGUGUUCUUUUGUGAUGUUAAAUACUGAAGAUGAACACUACAUAAAUUAAACUCCUUGUUUUGGGAAACUGAUGGCAUUUUCUUUCUUUCAUCACAUGAUUUUUUAACAUCAUUUAUAGAUUGACCGUGGUAAGUUGUCACACUUUAUUUUUUUCUAUUUAAGUCACACAGACACAGAUCUUAAAGCUGAAAAUGUCUGUGAGGAAAAUGUGACAAAUUGGAACCUGCUAUUAAGAAGUCUAUUAGACAUUUCAGCUAAAUUUAAACAAUAAGACAAUAUAUAAAACAUGUGUUUAAAGUAAACAACAUUGUUAACAAAUUGACCUGAGAAACAGUAAAACCUUGGUAUUUUAGUCAACACAUUUUAAAUGUGAUUCAGAAGAGGUGAAAAUGUAUUUGACUUAGUUCCUUUUUUAGUAAAAUAUUUUAAUAAUAUGAA